GUACCCUGGCCUUUUCAGCGGUUGUGCGGCGGCUUGCAGAUGCGGCCCGCAUCAUCACUUGGCAGGCCCGUCGGAGCUGGAGGCCCGCGAGCCCGUUGGCAUCGACAUGGUUGCCUUUGGCCUGUGCAACCACCUUUGCACUUGUUCCUCCAGCCCGAGCAGAGGAGGCCUCCCUCUACGAGGUGCUCGGGGUAGACCGCAAUGCCACCGAGCAAGAGAUCAAGAAGGCCUACAAGCGCGCUGCAGUGAAGUUUCAUCCGGACAAGGCGCACGAAAGCGAGCGGCCGCAGUACGAGGAGCGCUUCAAGCGCAUCUCGCGGGCUUACGAGAUCCUCUCAGACCCAGAAAAGCGCCGCUCCUACGAUGCCCGCGGUGAGGCGGCCUUCGACGGCCGGGAUGCCGCGGGCUUCAACGGCUUCGGUGCUGGAGCUGAUCCCUUCGACAUGUUCAGGAGCAUGUUCGGACAGAACUUCGGCUUUGGCCAGCAGCGUACGCCAGAUGUGGGCUACGAAGUGGAGGCAACGAUGGAGGAGCUGUACGCCGGCUUCAGCCGCAACCUCUCAUACGAACGGGACGCCGUGUGCCGUAAAUGCAAGGGCAUGGGUGGCACAGAUGUGCGCCACUGUGCUCGCUGUCGCGGAAUGGGCGUCGUUGUGGAAGAACACCAGCUGGGGCCGGGCUAUGUCCAGCGCAUGCAGCGAACCUGCGGCGCUUGCAUGGGCCAGGGGCGGCAGGUCCGUGACGUUUGUAGCUCCUGCCGUGGGGCGGGCUUCAUGAAGGAGAAGGUGGAGCUUAACAUACAAAUUCCGCCUGGCUGUCCGAAUGGGCAUCGCAUUACAUUUGCUCAGAAGGCGGACGAGUCCCCUGGCAUGGAGACGGGCAGCGUCAUCAUUGAGGUGAGGGAGAGAAAGCAUGCUCUCUUCACGCGGCUGAAUGAUGAGGACCUCUUCCUUGAGCAGCGUGUCUCGUUGCUGGAUGCGCUUUGUGGCGCUCGCUUUCGUGUCAAGCCGGGAGCACAUGCGGGGCGGGCGGAGCUCCUUUGCCACUGGAAACGUCGGCAAGAUGGGUGCUUUGCCAGGCUGGCACAGUGGAAGAUGGGCUGCCUGGGGUGCAGCCGGUCCAAGAUGAGGUACGGGGCGUAUCUCUUGCAAGAGCAUUGCGUUUGGCUCAAGAUGAGUUUUGCGGAGGCUCGCACAGCGAUGCCUCCAAAGAAGAAGUUGAAGGGCGAGGAUGGUGAAGCUGUGGAGCAGGACACUGAGAUCGGAUCAGCCCAGCUUGCAGCUACUCCGAAAAGUUCAGGCUUGGCACCAGUCUCGCAGCCUGACGGGGAGGCAGAGGAAGACUCCAGAGAAGACACGAGGCGGCAGCUCAGCCUGCCGGUGUGCUUCCAGGCGCCCGACACGACUUUGAAUGUCAUGGUGGGCGCGCGGAACAUCCUGAUGAUGCUGAACGAGGGCGGACUGCACUAUCUCUUCGCCGGGGCCCGGGCCAAUGUAGGCCUUCGCAGUGGCCGGUACAUGUUUGAGGUCAAGAUCCUGGAGCUGCUAAAUCAGACGGAGGCCAUGCAGCUGCGCACCCCGGUGCCCAAGCAUGUCCUCCGAAUAGGCUUCUCCACGGCGGCCUCCACACCCAUCAUGGGCGACAAUGAGGAGAGCAUUUGCUUCGACUCAGACGGCGGCCUUUGGUUUAAUAAGACGCGAGUGCCUUUGGUGGCCAAGUACGGGCCAGAGUGCACUCUGGCAGUGGUUCUGAAUCUGGACCGCAACAGCUCCAAUGCCAACACGCUGUCACUCUUCAAAGAUGGCCAGCGCUUGGCAGAUCCUCAACAACUGCCAGAGACCCUUUGUGGCAAGGCGCUGUACCCAACGCUCACCUACAAAAACAUGAAUGUGCAUGUUAAUUUCGGGCCUGCUCCGUACGUGCCCUUGCCAUUCAAGUGCACAAUGGUUCAGCAAGCGGCACUGGAAGACAUAGAGAUUGCCACACAGCCGCCCAGCAAUGGCAAGUACGAGGUUAUCUUCCCCGUUUGCCUGCCCGAUGAAGGCACUUUUGAUUGGGCUGACUGGUUUUUGCGGUGCAAUCCACAUUACACAGAGCUCAGUGAGCGAAUGGUUGUUGACUGGGCCGUGAGAAGCGGAAUCUAUCGGCCAAAGGCUGCCACGAAGGCUUCCAACGACAGGCCCGAGAUGAAUUUUGGCUUGCCUCACCUGGAUGACGGCAGCGUGAAGCAGAUCCUGCAGGCUGCGGCUGCGUCUCAGCAGCGAGAUAUCCUGUUCCUCGAGGUGAGGAACAAUCUCCUGCGGGAGGAGCGGGUGCAGGCGCUGGCGCGGUUUCGGCUGCCGCACUUCCGACGGGUUGCCAAGGUGCUUGUUGGACAACCCAGCGCAGAAUACCUGACACACGUCCACGAGGAGUUGAGGAGCGAGAAGCAACAGAGGGCUGAGGCCGAGCUUCAGCAGAAGCAGCAGCAUAAGGCGCAGCUGAAGCUCUUGGAAAUGCAGAGAAAGCAGGCCGAAUGGGCAAGACGGAAGCAAGAGCAGGAGGCCGCAGGCGAGGAAGUCCAGCCAAUGGAAGAGGAGGCAGAAGAUGAUGAUGUGCAGCUGCCAAGCGUUGAGCUUACAGAAGCAGAGAAGAAGCAAUUCUUCAAGAAGCCCAAGCCAGAUGCCCUGCCCGAUGUUGUUCCCAUGGCCCUCAAUGCCAGCUUUCCAAGUUUCAGUAUUCCAGAAAUAGAGGAGGGCUUUGACGAAGUUGAGUUCUCCUGGCAGCCAAAGGAGACAGUAGAGAGCCAUAUGCGCCAGUGGAUUCAGGAGCACAAGGUCACCACGCGCAUUGAUGACUUGCAGCCCAGUGAGUGGUUCAAAGAGAAGUGGCAGAAGUGGCAGAAGGAUCUCCAAAGCUGGCAUGUCAAGCACAUCGAGUUCAAAGACCCAGCGAAGCGUGCAGCUUUGUUGGCUGCACGGGCAAAGGAAAAAGAAGACACGGAAAAGGUGUUGACACAGGAUGCAAGCGGAAAGACAGCUCCUGGACAGGAGUUGGAGAAGAAGCAGGAGCAAACAGAGCCUGCCAAGGGGACCAACGCAGAGGACACUGCGGUGGCUGCCAAGGCACAGGAGCCAAGUGUGCUGACACAGGAGGAGCAGAAGCCCUCUUUGCAUGAAAAGCCAACCGAGGAGUCGAAGCAGAAGGAUGAACCUAUGGUUGACGCAAAGGAUGAUUCGGACAAGAGGAUCGAGCCGGAAGAGUCGAUUGACUACAUGAAGGAGCUCGAAGCAGAGAUUGAGCAAGACGACGUCUUUGAGGUUGAAGAUAUCACGGACAUUGGCACAGGGGAGCCUUUGUUUUGCAACUUUGGCUUCGAGGACUGGGCCCUGCUAAGCCUCCGCUUUGAGCUGCACCUCUUGACGCACUCCUUCCUCCAUGACUGCGGGGAUCCGGAGAGAUCGGGGAUCUACCCAGAUCACCUGCUGUUCUACUACAACAGGUAUUAUAAAAAGGGCCUGAACCCCAAAAACUACGGCGUGGAGUGCGCGGAUGAGCUGGCCGACUUGAUCCCGGACACCAUCGUUUGCCCCAAGCUGACUCUGGAGUCCACGCUGGCAUCGGAGCUGGAGAGCAACGACAUCUUCGUGAAGCUCACCGAGGAGGCACGGAGGGACCGCCUGCGGCGCCUGGAUGCCGGGGACGAGACGGCCCGCCUGAAGUUUGCCACGGGCAAGGCCGCCAAGCCGGUGGCGAAGGCGCCCAUCAAGGCAGAACCCCUGCGGCCCGUGCGGAUGCCGAUGCCCGUGGGUGCGCAACGGCCGUGGAUGCAGCCGGGAAUGCAAGGCAUGCAAGGCAUGCAAGGCAUGCAGCCAGGGAUGCAGUCCGGGAUGCAGUCAGGGAUGCAGUCGGGGAUGCAGUCGGGGAUGCAGUCGGGGAUGCAGUCGGGGAUGCAGUCGGGGAUGCAAGGGAUGUAUGGAGUUCCUUUGGCACAGAGGGCCAUGAUGGCUCGGCAGGGCUUCGGCCAAAGUUGGGGCUGA